UCAUAAAUAAGUCACGCUAUUGCUCAACGAACAAACGCCAAAUUAUUACCUGUUCUUCCUCAAAGGUUCCUCGCUUUGUAAUAACCAAUGCUAGGGCUAGCAAAGAGAUCAUGCUGCUAUCUACAGCAGAGCAACCAGCUUAUACAACGACCCCUUUUCAUAGUACAGCUGAUCACCAAAGUUUUGAUCCCAGCUGUGAUCUUUUGGUUGUCGUGGAAAACAUUAUUGAGCAUGCAGCCCAUAUGGUUGACACUGCUUUGCUGGAAUAUCUUGAAAAGCUGGAGGAAAAGCUGUCCAAAGCUAACGUCUUCAGUCCCCUUUUGUGUACAAUCAAGCAACUUUUCACAAAUAUGGAUAAGGUGGUCGUUUUAUCAGAAACAGUACCCAAGGAAAUCGUGAAAGCUUUCAGGGAGCUUAUUUUCGAUGACGAUAAUCUGCGGCCUAGUCUUACCGAAGCUUCUACGAGCAAACUGGUUAGCUUUUAAAGGAUAUUGAUUUUAUGUUUUUAAUUACUUAAAGAAGUACAUAAUUCAAUCAAUUGAUUAAGAUCAAUUUUAGCCAAUUCAAUCCUUUGUUUGGUU